CGCUCCGCCCCGUCUCUCCGCCCGGCCUAAAACCCCCCACCGCUGCCUCUCCGCCCGCUCCCCACUAUGUUCCUCGCCGAUCGCCGUGGGCCGUGCCGCCGCCGCGAUGGUGAUGCUAUCGGGCAUCGGGAGCAGGAAGCCGCCUCCCUUCCUCUCGUCCUCCUCCUCGUCGUACUCCAAGCGCUCCCGCGCCGCCCGGCGCCUGCCGUCCCUGCCCAGGCCGCCUGUCGCGCCGCCAGCGCCACACCCCGCCGCGAGGUGGAGGAGGAGGAAGGCGCCCGCCCGGCUGUGGAUGAGGAUGGAUCGGUGGGGCAGGUGCGAGGUGUUCAUGAGCGACAGGGCCUUCGUCGCGGAACGCUCCGGGGUGCACGCGCGCGACCUCCGCGUCGUCGGGCCCCUUCUCUCCCGCUGUCCCAGCAUCCUCGCUCGAGAGAAGGCCAUGGUAAUCAAUCUGGAGUUCAUAAGAGCUAUUGUAACCGCUGAUGAAGUCCUGCUGCUGGAACCUCUUGCUCAGGAGGUUAUUCCUUUCAUCGAUAAAUUGAGGCGGCAUUUUCCAUUGAAGAGCGUGGAGGUUGACGUUGGUGCCACACAAGUGGGUAAUGUGGAUGGCAAGCAUGCUAAAACUGGUGCAGAGUGUGGGCUCCCCUUUGAGUUUCAGGUGCUGGAGCUCGCCCUAGAAGCUGUAUGCUUAUCAUUUCACUCCAGCCUAUCUGAUCUUAAUAAGCAUGCAAUUUUUGUGCUGGAUGAGUUGACUGAGAACGUGAGCACUAGGAAUCUCGAGCGUGUUCGAAGCCUGAAAAGAAAUCUAACCUCUCUGCUCGCUGGUGUGCACAAGGUCAGAGAUGAAGUAGAGCAUCUUUUGGAUCAUAAUGAAAAUAGGGCACAACUGCACCUAUCAAGGAAGCAAAUAAAAAGUCCGCAGGAUGAAGCUCUACUGGUCUCUUCUGCUUUAAAUUGCAAUUUUCCUUCAAAAACAAACCUGGAUAUACGAAAUUCUGUUAUUAACCAAGGCACGGGCAUUGCUGUGGUUGCGCCAUUGGACGACACUGUAGGAGACCUAGAGAUGUUACUUGAAUCUUAUUUCAUGCAGCUGGAUGGAAUUCGCAACAGAAUUACGAUGGUCCGAGGAUAUAUCGUUGACACAGAAGACUACAUCAACAUCCAACUUGACAACCUACGCAAUGGACUUAUUCAGCUCCAUCUCAUACUGAUUAUUGUAUCCUUUGGCAUAUCCACCAACACGUUGAUAGCUGCAUCGUUUGCCAUCAACAUGCCUAACAAUGGGGACUAUAAGAAGUUUGUAGGUGACUUUUGGCAAUUUGUUGGGGGCACAUCAUCUUUCUGCUUGCUGGUCAUCGUUGUUUUGUUGGGGUAUGCAUGGAGGAACAGGCUACUCGGCAGUUGAGGUCAGCGUUAGAUAAAUCUACAAUGGCUGUCUUUGCAAUGCCUCAUGACUUGGAGGAAACUUGCCUGGUAUAAUAUGGGUACACCCUAGUUGAGUAGGGGGAAGUCCCGCCUGGUCCAUCUGUAUAUCAUUGCUUUCCAGUCAAACUUUUGUUUUUUAAAGAUCUCCAGUCAAACUUUUGAAGUUUGCAUUUGGUAUUUAUCAUGCAAUGCAUGACAUGUAUGUAUACCAACCACUAUCUACCAUGUUAUAACAUUGAGAGACGCAACAAAAUUUUCUGUCAUUUACACACUAGAACUCGACUGUCUGAUUCUUUAGAAUGGUGACAUGAAAAAAAUUGGUCAUUAGCAGUAUUUUGCUUGCUGCUUUUAGGAUUA